AUGGCGGAGCCUCGAGACGAUUCGGCCCCGGGAAGCCCCAUGAGCAGCUCAGGCCCCAACGGCAUMAACAACGGCGCAAACGUCACCAACAAUGGCAAUUCCACGACGAAUGGCAACAGUAACCCAAGAACAGAUGAGGUCCUCUCCAGCCAAAUCGCCGUCACCACUCUGCUGGAUCGUCUCAAGCAGAGUAUCGCCUCGGCCCGUGACUUUGCCCAGUUUCUCAAAAAACGUUCGAACUUGGAGGAAGAGCAGGCCAAAGGGCUCAAGCGCUUGGCGCAAGCGCAGAUAGACAAUAUCAAACGCAGUGAUGUCCGUGGAGGGACGUAUGCGCAGCAGCUGGCAGAGGUGCUACGCGUGCACGAGCGCAUGGCGGACAAUGGCAUGCAAUUCGCCCUCUCCCUCCACCAAAUGCACGAGGAUCUUGACGUAUUGUCGGCGAACAUGGAACGCGGUCGCAAGCAGUGGAAGCACGACGGUCUUGAUGCGGAGAAGAAGGCCAGCGAUGCGGAAACUGCAAUGCAAAAGGCAAAGGCCAAAUACGAUUCCCUGGCCGAGGACUAUGAUCGCGCCCGGACAGGAGAUUCCAAGGGCAGUCGGAGGAUCGGGCUCAAGGGACCCAAGAGUGCUGAGCAGCACGAGCAGGACCUGCUGAAGAAGACACAAGCUGCCGACGAGGAUUAUCAAGAAAAGGUCCGCACGGCCAAGUCGCAGAGGGAACAACUGUUACGCGACUUGCGGCCCAAGGCCGUGAGAGCACUGCAGGAGUUGAUCAACGAAUCUGACAGUGCCUUGACGCUGCAGUUGCAGAAGUUUGCCACUUUCAACGAGAAGCUGCUCCUUGGGAAUGGCCUGGCCGUCACUCCACUGGGCGACAACGCCGGAACAGUCGGCCAGCGUAGUCUGAGGGAUCUGGUCGUUGAUAUCGACAACAAUCGCGACUUUCACAGCUAUGUCGGCAGCUUCUCAGGAAAAGUGGUCAGACCGAGUGAGAUUCGGUACGAGCAGCACCCGACGCUGGCGCCUAAGACGCAGCAGCCGCGACAGCCGCCAGCUCAGCAGCAACAAUCAGCACAAUCUCCCCUUGGUCAAAAUCCACCGACGAGAGAUGGCGAACCACCGAACCCUUCUAACCUCACUGUGCACACUGGUCCUUCACAGCCUAAUUCUACCAAUAGUAGAACUGGAGGAUACAAGGCGUAUAGCCCCACAGACAAUCCCUCAGCAUCAGCCCACUCGCAGGCGCCAGCAAUGUCACCAGUGUCAUCCCCCUAUUCCCCCAGCCAACCACAAACUUCUCUACCUCUCCGCGACAAUUACUCCGCCGCACCUCCUUAUCCAUCUCACCCCUCUGAGCGCGCCGUGGAUACCCAUCAACAGACCACUGGCACCAUCCCGAUUACCCACAACCCGAUUCCUGCACAAACAUCACCGGCUGCCUCUUCCCUACAUCGUGUCUUUGGCCUGUCUCUUGACACCCUGUUCGCCCGCGACCAAUCUGCCGUACCCAUGAUCGUUUUCCAAUGCAUGCAAGCGAUCGAUCUCUUCGGCCUCGAAAUUGAAGGUAUCUACCGCCAGUCCGGCACCACCUCCCAAGUCAACCGCCUCCGCCAGGCCUUUGACAGCCUCCCCCCGAAUCACCCCAGUCUAGACUUUCGGAAUCCGUCAAAUUUCGGCCACGAUGUGAAUAGUGUUGCAUCGCUGCUCAAGCAAUUUUUCAGGGAACUUCCAGAUCCUCUCUUCACUCGUGCGCAAUACGACCAAUUCAUCGACGCGGCGCGGAAUGAUGAUGUUGGAAUGAGAAGGGAUGCGUUGCAUCAGGGCAUCAAUGAUCUCCCAGAUCCGAAUUAUGCGACGCUGAGGGCGUUGGUGUUGCAUUUGGGGAGGGUACUGGGUAAUGAGAGAGUUACGAGGAUGGGCAGCGCGCAGUUGGCCGUUUGCUUCGCUCCGACUUUGAUGGGUGGGCAGAUUGGAGGGAAUGUGGGAGACGGUAGCCUGCAGUGCAGGGUCGUGGAGACGAUCUUGGGUAAUGCGAGUGCCAUUUUUGAUGAGGAUUGA